AUGUUCAAGAUCGUACUUGUCUGCGCCCUUGUCGCCCUGGUGGCCGCCAACGAGGUUGCUGCGGCCAAGCAGCUGGUCAAGGGCUCUGCUGCUUCGGCUACCGGUGAUGUCGACGGUAACAUUGUAGGAGUUUACUCGUUGACCUCCCAAGACGGCGAGCAAGUCCUGUUAACUUACGCGGCCGACGAGAACGGAUUCCAGAGCAACCGCCUGCCCACUCCUCAUCCUACUCCAGAGGCCAUUGCCCGCCCCCUCGAAUGGCUGGAGUCUCACCCCUCAGCACCCUAGCAUCCCCGUCAUCACGACUUGUCACCCGGAUGCCGGGCGGACUGUUCUUCCAAAACAUAUCGCCUUAGUUGUUUAGCUGUCCUUCUGGCCUUUAAAAAAAUUAU